CGCACAACCAACUUCACUGCUGCGCUGAAGGUGCUGUCUCUGUGAAGAUGGACCUGCCGUCCAAUCAGAGCACUUCAGAAGCUCUCACUGUCCAAGCAUGUGGCAUAGACUUUAACCAAGACGCCGCCUUAUUCUCAGUCUUAUACUCCAUCUUCUUUGUCUUUGGCACACCACUCAACAUCCUGGCUCUCUACGGCCUCUACAAUUUAAUCAGGUGCGAGAACAUCCUGCCCAUCUUUGUCAUCAACCUGCUGCUUUCCAACCUGCUGCAGCUGUCGACCUUGCCGCUGUGGAUAGACUACUACAGAACGGGCCAUUACUGGAGGUUCAAGUCCAUUGGGUGCUAUGGAGUGACCCUCAUCUUCUACAUCAGCAUCUACGUUGCGAUCUUCUUCAAGUGCCUGAUCGCGCUGGAGCGCCACCUAGCCAUCGCCUGGCCGCACAAAUUCCAAGCUGUGCAGAAGCUGAGGAGUGUGGUGUGUCUGUCUGUGGCCGUGUGGCUCGCUGUGGCAGUGCCCCCACUGGCUUCUAUAAACACCAUGUUCCACGGACAGAACAAACACCUCUGCAAUGAGAAUUAUCCUGCCAAAAUGGAAACCAUCAUUUACCGCCUCAUCACCCUGGCUCUCUCCUUCAUCCUGCCCUUCUCUUUCAUUUCGAUCUUGCACAUGCAGACCCUCAAGUGCCUGGCGGGGCUUCCUUCAUCACGGGCCGAGGAGAAGAGACGCAUAUGUGCUUUCUUAAGCUUCCUGGUAGUCAUCUUCGUGGUGGUGCUGGGACCAUACCACCUCACCGGCUCCAUCAAGUACAUCGGGCUGGUGUUCAAUCCCGGGGACUGCGAGUGGGAGAAGUCCGUGUUCCUGCCGUAUCAAGUGGGCCGUGCUUUGCUGAGCCUGAACACCUUGCUGGACCCCAUCAUGUACAUCUUCCUACGUACUGACUUCAGGGAGCUAUUGCAGACCCAUCUGUCCUGUCUCAGAGGAUCCUAGUAAGGAACUUUAUGAAAAGUCCCCUAAGAGGAGGACCAGGAACUGCACCCAAGAACGCAGUGCCUCUCUCUAUGAAGUUGCUGGUUUCCCUAUGAUACUCUUGACCACUCAGGUAUAUUGUGUUUGAAUGUUGUAAGCCAUGUUAGCCACCUGGAUGUUGUGCGCUGAGGCCUGACCUUCUGGGUACAGGCUGGACUUUAUGGACUCUGUAAUGGGGAUGAGUCAGGCAGCAGCUGCACAGUCACCAUGCAACAAGGAGUCAAACAGGAAGUGAGAGAAGCUGCAUCAUCGGGUCAAGCACGGGAAGGAAAUUAACAGUAAGAAGAAAGCUCCAGUAUUAACGACUUCAUUAAUUCGUUCAUUAUCUGCCUGCGUUUGUGAUCAUGCACAGCAGCAGCACAUCUGCUUCAGCCUAGCGGCAAAUUCACACACAUUCAUCAUCAUACUUCCUUGGUUUCUGCAUAACAGCAUGCCUAAUAAAUUUAACUCAGAGUCCUGUCACCAGUGCUCUUUACCUGCUGGUGAGUCCCUAAGACAUUUUCCUUAGACCUGUAUUAUGAGGUGAAAACCUCAGACAACAAUGACUCAAAUUUCUCCAGUUUUUGAUUUGCGAAUUUCUGUUUUUAUAUCACAGAUAAGCGUAGAAAUUAAAUUAUGCAGCUAUUUGGAAAAAUCACUUUAUCUCUCUCACAAGAAUCUCCAAAUAUGUGAUUAAAAUGCAUUUUAAAUCCAGCAUCUAA